CCAUGGACAGCAGCGGCCGUCAAUAACCAACCAAACAGCGGAAUCUAUUCUCCCCAACUACACAGAGCCUUAUGGGAAUACAUUAGCCAUUGGAACCUGAUAGUUGUCUAUGAAAAAAUGAGAAAUCAGAGAAGAGUCAGUGUUUGUCAUUCUACUAGCCUACUAUUCCGGAAGUACGAGAAGCGUUGGUUCACUCUCAUAACAGACCAUUUCGAGGAGGAAACUCAUUGCGAGCAGUAGCUAUCAUCACCAUCUGAUACGAUAAUCAAUGACAUUACUGCUUUAAUUGCUCUCGGAUGCGAAGACAUCGUCAUGAAUCUCUAAUUUUAAAAACGGCAGCAACUAUUGUUUGUAUGCAGUCCCUAUAUUGACAUUUUCCGUGCACCAUAUUUUGGUUGCAAAGAAAUACCGAUGAACAUCGACUAAAGGUAGGAUACAGGAUCUUCGGAUGUUUUUUUUCCCAUAUUUAGAACAUGCUAAUUCCCAGUAUUGUCAGUUGGAUCUCAUCGGAGUGGAUGUCGGGUGGAACGGGAUGGAUUCUUGAUGGAUCACAAGGGAACAUUAGAAAGGAGAACUAAAAAAUAAUCAUGAUAUGACGACUGGUAUGGCACAGAGGGACAAUAAGAAGACACAAUAAAAUCGCAUCAAACUGCAUCAAACUUCCAUUGCAUCGUCCUCACCGUUUUGGAUUAUGAUUCUUGACAAGAGAAGCCAACGUGACUGUGUAGAUGGAAUGUCGUUCUGUUUAAGAUCCCAUUUUAUAUUUUCUGGCUCUACGUUGCUCACUCCUCCUCUCGUCCACACUCUCGCAAUCUUCUGCUUUGGGUAGCAAAACAUGUAUUCUGCUGCAAACCCAAGGCAUCUUAUGAAGUGUAUUUAGACAGACAGUUAAAGAAAUUAACUUAUAAGAUUAUUGGCUGACGUUACAUCAGGUAUUUUAGGACAGUGGAAGAUCAACCCAAACAGAAUUUGCAGAGGAGUUGUUUGGCAAUGAAUAUUGAAAGAGUGUCUCGGGGUGCUCAAGAAGAAAAUCUCUGAUCCGCAUUGGCUUAGACACAAAUGCCAUCAGAGCGGCAACAACCAAGACGAAGUCCUUUAUCCCAUAUUCAUCCCAAAACUGGUCUCUGAUGUUAUUCAGAAAGGAUAUGGUGAAAUUGAGUCAAAUGUACAAUUUAGAGCAGUAAACAUUCGCAACAAUAUAACUGCCUAAUGGUCUUGAUAUUUCGUCUAUUUGAAUAAUACAUUAAAAAAAACAGUUCCUUUGUUUAAACCACUUAAUUUUCACAUUCUGCCCUGUUCUGAAUACGUCUUAUGUAGCCAAACAUGUUCAAGUAUCGGAUCCGCAUGUUUUUCAACGAACUGAAAGUACUGGUUUUUAUGCGAUCCGAUUCGAGACAGUCCGGCACAGAAGCAGAUAGACGGCCAAACAUGCGAGGUCUGGGGAUGGGCGGCUGCGGCUGGCCUCCCUUUGUCGACUGCUCUUCCCGGGAUGAUGAGGAGGAGUACUAUGGUAGUGAUCCUCGGCCCCGGAGCCUGGCGUUUGAGGAGAAGGACCCCAAACUGCAAAUGGGCCUGGACGCCGUGUCUCUCACCAGCAGCUCGAGCAGCAUGCGCACGCCCCAGUGUCGGAUCUGCUUCCAAGGCCCUGAGCAGGGGGAGCUGCUGAGCCCGUGUCGCUGCGCCGGCUCGGUCCGCUGCACCCACCAGCCCUGCCUCAUCCGCUGGAUCAGCGAGAGAGGCUCCUGGAGCUGUGAGCUGUGCUACUUCAAGUACCAGGUCCUGGCCAUCAGCACCAAGAACCCACUGCAGUGGCAGGCCAUCUCGCUGACGGUGAUUGAGAAGGUGCAGAUCGCUGCCAUCAUCCUGGGCUCCCUGUUCCUCAUCGCCAGCAUCUCCUGGCUCAUCUGGUCUUCUCUCAGCCCCUCGGCCCGCUGGCAGCGCCAGGAUCUGCUCUUCCAGAUCUGCUAUGGCAUGUACGGUUUCAUGGACAUCGUCUGCAUUGGCCUUAUAAUCCACGAGGGCUCCUCUGUGUACCGAAUCUUCAAGCGCUGGCAAGCUGUCAAUCAGCAGUGGAAAGUUCUGAACUAUGAGAAGUCCAAGGACCUGGGGGACCCACUGAGCUCCAAUAAGACUGGGAGCCGGGGCUCUCGUAGUAACCCCCACGGUCUGGGCAGCAGUGGUGGAGGGCGUAGGAGCCAGAGGUUCAGGACUAUCCUCAACCACCACUGUGGCUACACCAUCCUACACAUCCUGAGCCAGCUGCGGCCCAAUGACCCACGCAUUAGCUCAGCUGCUAACCGCGAGGUGGUGAUGAGGGUCACCACCGUAUGAGGUUGGGCAUGUGCAGGGAGGCGGGGGGAUACAUACUGACUCACAGGCUGUCAUGGCAAUGCCUUCAAAUCUGAGGAUACGUGGAGGAAUGCCCCGGGCAUCAACAGACAGCACACAUGUGGAUCCUUCCUCUUGUCUCUUAGCAAAAAGGACAGAUGCUUGUUUUUAAUAUUUGAAGAACUUUGAAAGUAUUAUGGAUGACAUCAAAUGUAAAAAAAGACAAAAAAGACAAAAGAAAUUCUGACAGGCUUUAUUACCUAAAUCAAGGAAACAGAUAGUUUUCCAGUUCAAUUUCAGGAUGCACAUUUUUUCAUUUAAUUUGAUUGUCUUGUUUUUGUAAUCAUUUUUUUUUUACUCAUUUUGAUUUUAUACUGGAAUAUUAACAAGAUAAUAAUGAACUUCCAUACACGUGAAGCAUCUCUGAUCAACUCUGAAUAAUGAUCUCACCUGCUCUACAAAUCAAAAAUAUAACUUUAGUUCUAAAUACGGACUGAACUAAGAAAAAUACACACUACAUCCACAAGAACAGCCAUACUGACUUUUACAUCUACACAAGGGAUAGGCAAAUAAAAAGAAAGAAAGAAAAAAAAUCAAUAAGAUUCCUGUGACCCCUAUCUUCGUUGCAAUAAAGAUAUACUGUAUGUACAUUUCACAGGGUUUUUUGCAUGGGCAUAUCAUUUUAUUCUUCAUCACAUGUCAUAGAAGCAAUUCAAAUGUUGCUCAACUUCAGAUCGGUGCUUACUAAAAUACAAAACAUUCGCCUACAUUCAUCUGAUUUUAAUGAAAUUCUUUUUCGUCAAUCCGACCGAUAACAAUGUUUUACAGCUGUGUCAGCUAAACUACAGACUAUUGCUGAACUACUGUGCUGAAUUCAGAUUUGAUAAUAAGUAAAUUAUUGGAUUAAAAAUGGAGAUCAAG